ACGCUGCUGCCGCCGGCUAGUAACUCCUACCGGUUAGCUGCGAUAUACAGCUGUUUCCCGUCGACGAUUUCUGUGCGCGUAUAUCCGUAAGUGUGUGUGUGUGUAAGUGCGCGCGCCUGCCCGAGUGCAUGCAUGUGUGUACACAUUAAUAUUAUCUUGGUGGUGAACGGGCGUCGCUAGUUUAUUUACAUUCAAAAUUUUUAUGGUCACAUUAAUGUGAAAAAUAAACUUUUCUUCGUUAUUACCAUGAAUUUUUAGUAUUAUACGCGACGGUUUGGACACGAAGUUGUUUAUUUGCCCCAGAUGGAGCUCGUGCCAAUAUCGAAGAAAAAAUGAAAGCUCUGCCGGAUAAGUCGGUCACCAGAGACGAUAGUAAUAAUAAUUCCGGUACAGGUGCACCCGAUGAUGUCGGUACUGAUGGCGCGCUCUGUGAACCCAAUAACCUGGCGACUGACGAUGGUGGCAAUGACAUGAUAGAAACCAAGUCGUCGGAAUCGGACGAAGAAAAAACAUCUUAUAAUAGUCGUCGUAAAUCUGGAAAAAAACGUCGUAAACAUCAUCAUCAUCAUCAUCAUCACAAAAGAAAUGGUGACCGUCGACGACAGGACCAACAGGUGAGCCCUAUAUUUUUAUGGGCUAAAAAGAAGGAAUCGAAAAUUGUCCGAGUUUUAUGCGAGGAUUACGAUAAGCGCAAUAGAAUUAGGUUAGUGAAAACAGCAAAUGGUUGGAAAGCUAGUCCUAGAUCUGAAAUUUUGACAGCCACUUCCAGUAUUGCCCCUAUUUCUGUUGCUCAACCGGUGGUGACUACGGAGACCGAAAAGGAAAAUGCAGUCGCAAAAAAAGUUUACAGUUCUAUAGUCAACGUAGUCACCACCGAAGAACCCUGCCCAAAAGUUAAUGAAUCAUCAUCAAUAUUAGAAGAACCUUGUCUAAAAACCCAAGAAUCGUAUUCAGAAGAUAAAGUCAAAGAACCAUUGUUGUUGGAUCAAAACGACAACUCAAUUGAAUUAUUAGAAUCUGCCUACACUUUGGAUGACGAAGACGAAGACGAAGAACAAAGGGCUGGCAUAGACCGUGCGUUGGAAUUCAUUGAUCAAGACGUUGCUAUACUGGACGAAGUAAAAACCGAACAUUCCUUUGUUGAUACUACCGUUAUCAAAUUACCCGAAGGUACUACUAUUCAUGAAGUAAAGUCAGAGGAACUUAUUAGUGAACCGAGUAUACCAGGCCCACCACCGCCGAUGACUCCUAUACAUUUUGGUGAAAUUACCAUUAUACCACAACAACAAAGUGAACCUCUUAACUUAGAAACCGUGGGCAAACGACCUUCAUUAGAGAUACGAUUGCAGGGGCCGCCUACAAAAAAGACACGAACCGUCCCGCCUCCGUUUUCGCUACCACCUGUGGCCAACGAAAACUUGAAGCGCGAGUGGGACCCUUUGUCUGAAUUGAAGGAAGUUUUAUCUGACCCCGGACUUUCCGUACCAGAUCCCCUUUUGGUGCCUCGAGCCAGGCUGGCUGCUCUUGUGGCAAGUCCUGCCAAAGAAAUACCUCGACUUUUGAAAACGCCACCACUACUACCACUUCCAGAUCCUGAUUUAUUAGUUGUAUCAUUAUCACAUUUACGGUCUUUAUUAAUGCAACAACUGUGCUUUGGAAAUGAUCGAAAAUCGGAAAAUCAACAACAAGCAGCUAUUGACCAUAUGAUGUGGUUACCAUACUUAUCUAAAGAUGUGGCGGGAUCCGACGCUGAACUCUUAUCUAUGUUAAGCUUUUUGUUACCUAAUCACGUAACAGGUCAACAAAGUUUCAAUUACAAUCAACCGAAAAACGCAUGGCAAGAUACAUAUUUCUCAUCGACUCCUACAUCGUCUAUACCCUCGUACGCUCAAACCGGCUACAGUAAAUCUGUAGAUUGCUGUAAACCGACUAUCCCUUCGUCUUCUAUGCGACGACGGAUACAACAGCCUGACUCAUGUUGUGGCAAUGGUCCACCUAUCUGCUACGACAAUUGUUGGACAAAACCUGGUUAUGAUUCCUAUAACGUUUCUCCAACCGACUGUAGUACUAAUAAAACUUCAUGUUCAGUUUUUCCAAGUGACAUUAGCUGUUGUUAUCCGACAGAUAUUGGUUACGCUUAUAAUGGUUCAGAAACUCCAUCGCCGUUGCUACAAUCUCCAGGAUUAAAUCUACCGCAACAGCAAACAACCCCAUCUGCGCCACCAUCACCAUAUAAGCGCGUAAAUAAUCCUCAGCAAAUAAGUUUUGAAAACCUGCAACCAUCUACUGAUUGUAAUAAUGGAAGUGCCGGUUACAAUAGCAGUGAUAGCAGUGAACAUCAAUCUCCGACUGUGGCAGCCAGCGGAUCUUCUAGUAAUCUUCUUUUUAAUAACAAGUCCAACAGUGAUUCAUUCCGACCAAAAAUUAAAGUUAAGCAACAUUUAAUUGACCCCAACGCAAAACCUAAAUUAUUGAACAUCGAAGGCGCAUUGCACUUGGCUAGAGCUAAUGGAAACGAAAGUUUGUUGGGUUCUCAACUGUGGCAUCCAUUAUUUAGCAGUCAAGAAAAAAAAUAUGGUAGCCGAUGGAAAUGGACUACACCAGCAACUGCACCAUCUUCAUCUUCCGCCAAGAAUAUCCCGUAAAAGUCGAAUAAAACUAUUUUGAAUAUCGCGUUCGAUUAUUUGAUGGUAAAAAGUUACCUGGGAAAUAUUAUUAUUUAGAAAACUUUUGGGCAUACAGAUCAGGAUAAAUACUACUUACUUUUUCUGUAACGCAAGCAUUAAAAAAGAAUCCUUUUUUAAUUAUAUAAAAAUUGAACGGUAUAAACAUUUGUAUUAUUCAAUUCAAUAUCAGUUUGAAAUGCGUUGUUGUCACAAUAUGAAAUCAACGAAUCUUAAAUAUAUUAUACUUAUUGAAAUUAAAAAAAUCGAAAAUUGGUAUUUACAGAAUAGAAAGUAGUACUUGACCAGUAUAGUAUGUAUGAUGUACUCUGUAAAAAUUAUAAACUUAGUUAAAUUGACUAAAUUGUCGACUAUACAAAAGAAUCGAUUGACCUUCACCUAAAAAAAAAAAAUUCAAGUUGGAAUAUUUUUCUUUUUUGGUUAUUUUGAAGUACUACGAUCGAUUUUUUUUUUUUUUUUUGGCGGCUGUUGACAAUUUUUGGCUGCCAUUGAAUCUUUAGAAAAAUUAUUACACAGGUAUAACCGGUGCUGAAAAACAUGUUGAUAUUUUUAUUUUUUUAUUAUUAAUAAUUAAUUAUUAUUUUAUCAAUAUAUUUUCAUAGUAUAUAAAAGUGCUUCAUUUUAAAUUGUUACAAAUUUGUUUGUUUUCGUUGAUUUAUCCUGUUGUAUACCACAUAGUCUCUGUAUUGUUUCAAAGAGUGUUUUUGUGUGAAAGUUUCUUUCUUAUUAUUAAAUUAUUUUUAUUUUUUUCAAAAAUCAAAUUAUAUUUUUUAAUUGGGUUUGAGUUUAUUUAUUAUUAUAGUUUAUUUAUUGGUUCGUUGUUUAACAUCUAGAAUUGAGAAGGUUAAUCUUAUUUGAUAAAUUUGUUUUUAUCCUUUAAAUUUGUCAUACCAUUUUUUGUUUGUAUGCUUUCAGUCUUUUAUAAAAUUUAUAUACCAUUACUAGUCUAUUUGAUUUUUAAGAUAAAUAUAUAAUUGUAAAUUAUUACUUGAUGUAUAUAAUAUAUAGGUAAAAUUUAUUUAUGUAUGAAAGCAAUUCUCUAAUAUUACUUAAAUAUUAGUGAUGUAUAAUGUUUACAAUCAUUUUAAUAGUCACGCAAAAUAAUUUUUAUGUAAUAAGAAAUAUUAUAUACUUUACUGUUCCUGGAAUACACCAACGCAAAAUCAUGUGUUAUUCUAAAAUGAAAACUACUAGCUAAUUUAUGCCGGUGGAUAAAAAUUAAGUAAUAUUGGUUUGUAAUUAUUAUACUAUUGUUUAUACUAUUACUUACCUAUUUUAACUAUUAUUAUUGUAAAUUCCUCUACCCUAUAGAAAGUCUGAUUAGAAUAUAAUUUUAUGUUUAUUAUUUAUUUAUUGAUUUUUAAGUUUCUCAUUGAUGUUGUAAUUCAAUAUAAAAACAUAUUUAUUUAUUUUGUAAAAUGAAAAAAAUGAGAAGAUACAAUACGACACUUUAAAACUUAAAA